GCAAGUUAAACUCUUCUACAUUUUCUGUUGACAUUGUUGCGUCUGAUGACCAGUGCAAUACAAUCUUAAAGAAUGGUAUUACCGAUGUGGAUAGUGCGAGAAGCAACGGAUAUGAACAAAAACAGUCACUGGAUGGCUCCAGUUUGCAAGUCCCUGAAGAUAACCUAUCUUUUCGCAUCUCGGUAUUCCAACAGAUGCCAGGAACGUUGCUUAUAAAAGGAUCAUUACAGCAGAAAGAUAUCCCCCUCUCAGGAUUGUUCUCAGUAGUGUUUGGUUCGUUGGAAGAAAGUAUGAAGUCCAAAUUUUGUCGAUAACGAGUCCCACGGCACUGUUCUGACUUGAAGAAUGGCAUCCGACUGAAACUGGAUGAAAUGAAUAUAAAAGCACAUGUUCUUACACACAAAACACAAGCCUUGGUUUAAUUCCUGCGUAAACUCACCGAUACAGUGCCUCCCGACAGAGGCAAGCAGAAAUGUAUCAGCGAAAUCUUGUUGUGGAUGAAAGUGUUGCAUAGCAGACGGCUCGUGCUUUUCAACUGAUGACUUGAAAAGGCUUACCUUACGGGGAAAGAUACACACGGCCAAGUAGGAGUACCCAAAAGUAGUAGAGGAGAGAUAGAGAGAGGACUCUUUUUACUUCACGGGAUAAAGCAAGCUACUUUUGCUUUUCUCUCCAGUUUCUCUUUUUUGAUCAAUCAUCGCUUGUGAUUAAAAAUUCACUUUCUAUAUAUAGCUUAGGUGAUCCCUCAACCCUUUGAUUCAUCUGGAAAGAAAUGAAUCCUUGUGAAGAUGAAUACUUUCUCGAUCACCUGCCCAUCCACUCUAACACACCUUUACAACCUUCAAAAUCCUUGCUUUCUGAUGAUUUGCGCAGCUUCCAUCUUCUUCUUAAGUGGUGUGCGUUGGAUCACUCCAACCCUUCUGGUAAAGCUAAGUCGUAUAUGAUAUUUGUAGUCUUCACCUUACUAGUCCCUCUCAUAAAUUGUCUGUUCAUCAAAACUCCUAGAACCCGGCCUUCAUCAGUUAUGGACGCCAACUCAUUCAAUGUGCUCGUCCAGUUUCCAGAGUCUGGACUUGCCGUCAUUGGUUUCUUGACUCUAAUAUGUUUCUUCAGGAUGUAUAGUCUCACACAGCUUCUGUUUCUUGAUGAUUCAACCUUGGUGAGGCUUGGAUAUUCGCUUGAACUUGACAGGGCUUUACGUUACCUAGCCUCCAUACUUGUACCUUCUUUCCUUGUGGAACUUGUGCACAAGAGCAUAUUUUUCUCCUCCGCUGAAGUAUCAUUUCCUUUCAUAAAGUCAUCUUGUGCUGCAUUGAACUUUGUGAUGUUCUUGCUUGUCUUAUUUUCAUGGGUUUACCGGACAGGAGUGUUCUUGCUUGUUUGUGUCCUUUUCUGGUUGACCUGUGAGCUGCAGAUACUGAGGUUUCGAGGGCUUUACAAGAUGUUCGAUAGAUGUGGAUCAGACACCAUAGAAGAUGUGUGUAAGGAACAUGUGAGGAUCAAGAAACAGUUAUCGGCUACAAGUCACAGGUACAGGUUCUUCAUAAUCGCGGCCUUUGUUGUGAUAAGUACCAGUCAGUUUGUGGCCUUACUGUUGGUUCUUGCCUCAAAGUCUGACAGGAGUUUCCUCAGCUCCGGUGAUUUGGUGGUAUGUUCUGCUGUACAGCUAAGCGGAAUCUUCCUGUGCUUGUUGGGUGCUGCAAGAAUCACACACAGAGCUCAAGGAGUAGUGUGUAUUGCAACGAGGUGGCACAUGGCUUUGACAUGCGCUUCUGAAGCCGUAUCACCCGAGAGUGACAGUACUGACUCAUCCGACAACAUAUACAUCAAUGUGUCACCGUCACUGGAUCUAUCUUCUUUCUUUCAGGCUAGACAAGCUCUAGUGGAAUACCUGCGACAUAACAACAAGGGAAUUACGCUCUAUGGUUAUGCACUCGACAGGGGAUUGCUCCAUACGCUUUUUGCAUUUGAAUUCUCACUGGUGAUGUGGAUUCUGAGCAAGGUUGUGGUUCUAUCUUAGAACUCACUAAGGUAUCUAUGAGACAACAGAAGAUACUGUGAAAGCUUCAAUUAAAGCUUCCAACAAUAGAUGCAAGAGAGAGAGUUCAACUGGAUUGUGAAUAUAUACAGAAACUAAAAGCUCUGAUUGAUGCACACAUAGAGAACCAGGUUAUUGUCAUGUGACAUUGUUGGGUUUGAAUGUUUGAUAGACAUCAUAAAUAUUGGUUGCUCCAACUGUAUUGCUUUUUUUUCAUUAUUGUAAUUGUCCCUUUCUCUCACCAGCCAUGUCCAACGUUUUCUAAUAACUAAUAAUAACUUAGCUCU